AUGUCAGCUCCUACCACUCUCCGACCUAAUCUCAAGUGGGCUCAGCGAGACGAGCACAUCUGGCUCACUGUGGACCUCUCAGGCGUUGAGGACAUGAAGGUCGACCUUCAACCCACCACUUUGAAGUUCUCGGGAGCUUCUCACGGCGAUAAGUAUGCCUUCGACAUCACUUUUUAUGCUGAGAUUGUGCCCGAGGAAUCCAAGAUGAGGAAGUGUCAAGGGAGUCCUCUGAACUGGAGCAGCAGCGAGAAGGGUUACUAA